UCUCAGCUUCACCCAUUUUAACUUGCAAUAUCUCUUGGUCUUCUCUGAAAACAAAAAGAAGGCAGAGAGACAGAAAAGAAAAAUGGGUGCUUUGCAUUUUCAAUCUCCAGUGUUUAUGGGACUGAUUCUCUUCUCAUUUGUCACAUUAUGUCUCUUUCCUCAGCCUGCUCUUGCCAUGACCAGACACUACAAGUUUGAUAUCUUGUUGCAAAAUGUGACGCGGCUUUGUCACACUAAGAGCAUGGUGACGGUGAACGGGCAGUUUCCAGGUCCCCGCAUUGUAGCUAGAGAGGGUGAUCAACUCCUUAUCAGAGUGAUUAAUCAUGUUCAGAACAAUAUCUCCAUCCAUUGGCAUGGCAUUCGACAGCUUCAAAGCGGGUGGGCUGAUGGACCAGCAUAUAUAACUCAAUGCCCUAUACAAACAGGGCAGAGCUAUGUGUACAACUACACCAUUGUUGGCCAAAGAGGCACUCUCUGGUGGCAUGCUCACAUUUCAUGGCUAAGAUCAACUGUCUAUGGUCCUAUCAUUAUUCUUCCUAAGCGCGGAGUUCCUUAUCCGUUUGAAAAACCUUAUAAAGAAGUCCCCAUCAUCUUUGGAGAGUGGUUCAAUGCAGAUACAGAGGCAGUCGUCAAUCAGGCUCUCCAAACUGGUGGAGGCCCAAAUGUCUCUGAUGCCUAUACCAUCAAUGGACUUCCAGGGCCAUUGUACAAUUGUUCUGCCAAAGACACAUUUAAGCUGAAGGUGAAGCCAGGGAAGACUUAUCUUCUUCGCCUGAUCAACGCUGCACUCAACGACGAGCUUUUCUUCAGCAUAGCUAACCACACCCUAACAGUCGUUGAUGCGGAUGCUGUUUAUGUCAAACCUUUUGAAACUGAAAUACUUCUAAUUGCUCCUGGACAGACCACAAAUGUGCUUCUUAAGACCAAACCUCACUUCCCCAAUGCCACCUUCUUCAUGGAAGCAAGACCAUAUGCGACAGGACUUGGCACUUUUGACAAUUCAACUGUUGCUGGCAUUGUAGAAUAUGAAGCCCCAUCUCAUACCCUUCACUCCAGCUUCUCUAUCAAAAAACUUCCACUCUUUAAACCUGUUUUGCCUCCUCUAAAUGACACUUCCUUUGCUACAAACUUCACUAACAGACUUCGAAGCUUAGCGAGUUCACAAUAUCCUGCCAAUGUGCCCCAAAAGGUAGAUAAGCAGUUUUUCUUCACUGUAAGCCUUGGAACUAAUCCCUGCCCAAGUAACCAAACCUGCCAAGGACCUAAUGGAACAAUGUUUGCAGCUUCAGUUAACAAUGUUUCUUUUGCAAUGCCAAGUACUGCUCUGCUUCAAGCUCACCAUUUUGGGCUAUCAAAUAGUGUAUACUCCUCUAAUUUUCCUACUCGCCCCGUGCCAUUUAACUACACCGGAACACCACCAAAUAAUACAAUGGUAGGAAAUGGAACAAAGCUACUAGUGAUUCCUUUUAACACUAGUGUGGAGUUAAUUAUGCAGGAUACUAGCAUACUUGGUGCUGAGAGCCAUCCUCUUCAUCUCCACGGAUUCAAUUUCUUCGUCGUUGGUCAAGGUUUUGGGAAUUUUGAUCCGAAAAAGGACCCUGCAAACUUCAAUCUUGUUGAUCCAGUGGAAAGGAACACUGUUGGUGUGCCUUCCGGUGGUUGGGUGGCCAUUCGGUUUCUAGCGGACAAUCCAGGAGUAUGGUUCAUGCAUUGCCAUCUUGAAGUCCACACUAGCUGGGGUUUGAAGAUGGCUUGGGUUGUUCUGGAUGGAAAUCUUCCCAACCAGAAGUUGCUUCCACCACCAGCUGAUCUUCCCAAGUGUUGACAUCUGCGCUACUUCUGUUGGUCACUCUGACCAUAAAUUGUUUUGUUUUGUUUUCAUUUCUUUGAAGAGAAUAACAUUUUUUUUAUUGAAUUUUGACCCAUUUUUAAGCAUUUGCUACUGGGUUAAUCAUCUUUGAUAAUUGUCGUCCUUUUGGCUUAAUAAGAUUCUGGAAGCAAUCUGAAAAUGUCGAUUCUCUCAAUGAUAAUUAUACAAACUUCUGAUGAGCAACUAGCUUGCGGAAAGCAUCGAAUUCCCGGCAGGGCUUCU